AUGGUGAAAAGAAAGCUUGGUGCCUUGGAAAAGGUCGAGGCUGACCUGCCCAAUUUGCAGCACAAGAUUCGCAGGGAUCCCAAGUCUUAUAUCGAAGAUUUCCGCGCCCAACACUACCAAUAUGAAUCCCAUCGUGAGAUUUUCAUGGCGGCGCCCUCUUCCGCUACCGAUACCGGCGUGAUUUCUCUUCGGGAUCUCAUUGACUUCAUUUCCCAUGUGGCCGACUGUUACCCGGGGAUCUGUAAGGACUUCCCGCAACAGCUCAUUGACAUGCUCAUGCAGCACCACUUGGUGUUGGAGACAGAGUUGCGGGAGAAGUUGGUUGGAAGUUUGGUGCUCUUGAAGAAAAAGGAUCUUAUGGAUUCAGCAACGCUACUUCACACUAUCUUCCCCAUCCUCGUUUCUACACCUAGCAAGACCCUGCGAGCUCUGCUCUUCCAGAAGAUUCUCUCUGAGCUGCGAACCGCAAAUGCAAAGACCACUAAUCACAAGCUGAACCGAACUAUGCAAACCGUUCUAUUCAACUUGGUCACAUCAGACCGCACAUCGGCCAAAGGCCUGUGGGCGAUCAAGAUCACCCGAGAGCUAUGGAAGCGCCAAAUCUGGACCGAGGCUAAGGCCGUUGAAAUCAUGAAGGAGGCAGCCUUGUCACAAAAUGAGAAGGUCAUCAUCGGUGGAGUCCGGUUCUUCCUUGGUGGCGAUAAGGAGCGCGAGGAAUUGGAGGACGAAGACAGUGACGAAGAAGUCAGUGUUGGCCAGGUCAAGCACCAACUUACCAUCAACAAGAAGACCAGAAAGAAGGCCCGUGUCGCCGAAAAGGCCAUCAAAGCGGUCAGGAACAAGGAGCGCAAGAAGGGCAACCCUAAUCCCCUCAACUUCUCCGCGCUUCAUUUGCUGCACGAUCCCCAGGGAUUCGCGGAUAACAUGUUCUUCAAGCACCUCCAGAACAGCAAGUCUAAGUUGAAGCUGGAGCAAAAGCUCCAAGUUCUACAGCUGGUCUCCCGCCUGGUCGGCUUGCACAAGUUGCACAUCAUGCCGCUCUACUCUUACUUCCAAAAGUACCUUACGCCCCGCCAACCUUCUGUGACUUCAUUCCUGGCAUCCCUGGCCCAAGCCUCCCACGACUUGGUGCCCCCCGAUGUUCUCGAGCCUCUGGUUCAGAAGAUUGCAAAUGAGUUUGUGUCCGAAGCAUCUGCCGGUGAAGUUGCGACGGCUGGUCUGAAUGCCAUCCGUGAAAUUUGUGCCAGACAGCCUUUGGCUAUUGAAGAGACCCUGUUGCAGGAUCUUGUCAUGUACAAGAAGAGUAAGGAUAAGGGUGUCAUGAUGGCCUCGAAGGGUCUCCUCAGUCUUUACCGUGAUGUUGGUGCGCAGAUGCUGAAGAAGCGUGACCGUGGCAAGGAGGCCGCAAUGAGUCUGCGCGCUGGCGACAGACAAGAGAGACGUUACGGUGAGCAGGCGGCCGGCGAAAUUGAGGGCCUGGAACUCUUGGCCAAGUGGAAAGACGAGGAGCGCCGCAAGAGGAACAUCGAGAAUGGUCUUCCAUCUGAUGCUGAAGAUAACGAAGAGGAGAAGGAUGAAGCCGACUGGGCAGCCUGGAACGUCGAAGAUGACGAGGACAGUGAUAUCGAUGGAGAAUGGAUCAAUGUGGAGGAAGAUGUUGAUAUUGUACUGAGCGACUCCGAGGAUGAAGGCAAGCCGGCAUCAAAGAAGGCCAAACAGGAAGAUGAGGCCAAGAAGGAUACCGAGAAAGAAGUGGAAGCCGACAAAGUCAUUGAUUUCAUGAAACUGGCCACCACCCGUAUCCUCACGCCUGCCGAUCUCGCCAAACUUACGGAGCUUCGCGCCCAGGCAGCAGCUGAUGCCACUCUUCCGGGUAACAAGGGCCGCGUCGCUGCCCCAUGGACCAACCGCCAUACCGAUGACGCAUUGACCGCUGGUGAGAUUGAGGGUCUUGCUGCUCUAUCUGCCGCCAGGGCCACUCGUGAGGAACGUAUUGCCCACGCCAAGGAGGGCAAGACCGAUCAUAUGAGCAAGGAGGCUCGUCGCAAGGAACGCAAGGAGGAGGCAGGAAAGAGUUCUACCAACAAGGAGAAGGCUCGCAAGAAGAAUUUCCUCAUGACGCUGGGUAAGGCGCGCAGCAAGAACAAGAGAAGUUUGGUGGAGACCCGGGCUGUGCUUCGGGCUCAUGUCGAUCGUGGCAAGAGAGGUGGACGCAGAGGAAACGUUGGCCAGUGA